GCAAGUUUAAAUUUAAAUUUGUAAACAAGAAAUUUAACCGUUGAGAUGUGGAAACGGUCCAAAUCCGGAGCUAACCCGACCCGACAACUCACCACAAAAGACACAGAAAACAAGCCAACCUUAUCCCUCCUUAUACCCAAAACACAGAUAUUAUUUCUUAUUUUUGCGGCGAAACAGGAUGUUUAGUAAUUUACUGAAUUUUUAUUUUUGAAUUUAAAAUAAAAUUUCGCCAGCAUGACCGUAAUUUCUGCGACAGCAGCAACUGGGUUUCUCACAUUUCGUGUGAAAUGCUGUGAUUCGAAACCAUCUCGAGGUUUUGGUUCCAAAAAAGACAAGGCGAACAAAGCCAGUAGUUCAAGGGAGGAGAAGGGUGGGGCGGUACAACAAAAAAGGAAAUUGGUAACAAAACAGUCUGGUCCUCUACCUACACAGGCGCCUGUUUUAAGUUUUCAGUUUGCUGUAAAAUCUAACAUCAAAUCUUUGGACGUUGACUUUGAGGAACGGCUGGCAGCAAUUAAAAGGUCAGCAGUUGAGCAGAAAAAGGAAGAGAAAGAAAGAGAAUUUGGAGCAAUUGACUAUGAUGCACCAAUUGAGUCAGAUAAGAAAACAAUUGGACUUGGUAUCAAGAUUGGAGUAGGAGUAGUUGUCCUGAUCUUUGGUUUGGUUUUUGCUCUUGGAGACUUUCUUCCCACGGGAAGUGUUAGUGAAACCGAGGAAGCUAGGGUUGUUGACAAGAAACUGUCUGAAGAAGAGAAGACUACUCUUCAGACUAGGCUGAAACAAUAUGAAGCAAUACUCAGUGUCUCUCCAAAAGAUCCAACUGCCCUUGAAGGAGCUGCAGUGACAUUGGCAGAAUUAGGAGAGUACACUCGGGCUGCCUCACUCCUCCAGGACUUGGGGAAGGAGAAACCAACCGACCCUGAUGUUUUCCGUUUGCUUGGGGAAGUUAAAUAUGAACUUAAGGAUUAUGAAGGGAGUGUUGCUGCAUAUAGGGUUUCUACAAUGGUUUCAAAGGACAUCAAUUUUGAGGUUCUUCGGGGCUAUACAAACUCACUGCUUGCUGCUAAGAAACCAGAUGAGGCUGUUCAAUUCCUUCUGGCCUACCGCGAACGUCUGAGUUCGGAAAAAUCAAAUGAUCUUAAUGUUAAGGCUGACGGCAAUGAGGAGGAACUGCAAAAAGUUGACCCCAUUCAAGUUGAACUCCUUCUUGGGAAAGCCUAUUCAGAUGGGGGUCGUGUUAGUGAUGCUGUAGCUGUUUAUGAUGGGCUCAUUUCUAGCUAUCCAAAUGACUUUCGCGGUUACUUAGCAAAGGGAAUUAUUUUGAAGGAGAACGGAAGUGCUGGAGAUGCAGAGAGGAUGUUUAUCCAAGCUCGGUUUUUCGCACCAGAGAGAGCAAAAGCACUUGUAGAUCGUUAUUCAAGAUAAUGACUGCUUUAUGUAAGUACAUCUGUUGUAAAUCUUCUCAUCAUGCCUUCUUCGACCAUUUGAUUUUA